AUGAAUCGGCGGCGGAAAAAACUUGCAAUUUUGGAAUGCACGGAACCUCUGCGAGCCGAACUGAAACCCGAGAGGGCGGUUUCGCGUCCCCCCGAGUCCGCUAAUCCGGGCUCUAAUUUCCUCGUCACGUCGGCGAAACGUGCGUCCCGGGAAAGAAUGGAUAGACACUCUUGUAGUUCCGCAGUGCGCAAAGCCCGCAAGAACCGGCCCGAAUCGCUGCUUCCUCCGACGAAUCCGACGCCAAUCCGUCCGCGAUCCGCGUCCUCGUCGACUCCUAGCCAGUCUUCGGCGAGCGAUCGUCGCGUGCACGUGUCGUGUUCCGUCGCUGUGGCUGUGGCUGAUGCGAAAACGAUGUCGAUGCGUAUCCGUUUAGUCCUGGCGGUGUUCGUGUGGCUGGCGGAGAUGUCCAACGGCAUGAGCGGCGUCUGUCCGGUGGCAUGCACGUGCAAAUGGAAGGGCGGCAAGCGGACGGUGGAGUGCAUGGAACGCGGACUGAUCACCAUACCGGACGGGAUCGAUCCCGAAACGCAAGUGCUCGAUCUCUCCGGCAACAAUCUGCAGAUAUUGCACCGCGAAACGUUCAAUCGCACCGGCUUGGUGAAUUUGCAGCGGGUGUUCCUGCGCAGUUGCCGCAUCGGUCAAAUUGACAAUCUGGCUUUCAGAGGAUUAGCCAAUCUGAUCGAAUUGGAUCUGUCGCACAAUCUGCUCACCGGCGUGCCAUCGGGCACCUUCAGGGACAUACCGUUCCUGAGGGAUUUGAUCAUCUCCAAUAAUCCGAUACAGAAGAUCGAAUCGCAGGCUUUCCAGUCGAUCCACGGUUUGGUUAAGCUGGAUGUGUCCAAUUGCGAGAUACAAAACGUCGCGCCGAAGGCCUUCGAAGGCAUCGAGAUGUUGGAAUCGUUGAAAUUGAACGGCAAUCGAUUGUCCGAACUCAGGCUGAGGACGAUAGAGACGUUGAGUCGAUUGCACGGCGUCGAGCUGCACGAUAAUCCUUGGCAUUGCGAUUGCCGAUUGAGAUCGGUCAAGGAUUGGUUGGUUAGAAACAACAUCCCGUAUCCGGAGAGUCCCAGGUGCAGCGGUGGACCCGAAAGGGUCCUGCACAAAACCUUCGCCGAGCUGCACAUUGACGAUUUCGCCUGCAAGCCGGAGAUUCUUCCUGCCACUAGGUUCGUGGAGGCCGUCUCCGAGGACAAUGCCACCAUCAAUUGUCGCACCAACGCCGUGCCGACCGCGCACAUUCGAUGGUACUGCAACGGGAAAUUGUUGACCAACAAUUCGAAUUUCUCGCCCCAUCAGAUGGUCCACAUUUUCGAAGAUGGCAAGCAGGAGAAACGCAGCAGUUUGGUCAUCACCAACGUACAGGAAGGGGACGUCGGCGAGUUUUACUGCGUGGCAGAAAACCGAGCGGGUAGUACCGAGGCCAAUUUCACGCUGAGGGUGUCGUUGCGACCGUUGGGCAUAACUUCGUUGGGAAACGGACAAAUCGCCGGAUUAAGCGCGGCUUUGGUGUUCCUCAUAUUGUUCAUUCUAAUCAUCAUAUCAAUAUUGCUGUUGAGAUUGAGGAGAUUACCGUUCGCUGAGAGUAAAACUCCCGGUCAAAUCGAAGUUGUUACCGUCGUAAACGGUGGAAAUAUACCGAACGGUAAAUCCGUCUCGCCGAUGAACUCGCCGGAGGAAACCUCAUCGUUUACCGAACGAAAACCACCAGCGGAACUCGCCUUUUGCAACCCAGUCCAAAAACCGCCUCGAUUGAACGAAGCGCCUUGCUCCACGGUGCACUACAACGUAGUCAGCUCCUGCUUCGUAUCGCCUACAUCCUCCGGCAACAAUCCCGAUCUAAUAAACGACACCAAAGGCGGCGAAUUGAGCAGCGCCGACGGCCAAUUCUACCGGCCGAUCAGCGGCGAAUACAGCAGAAACCAGGACUCGUCGCUCUAUCCAUCGGGCCUGUGGGACAACGAACCGGCGCCCGUCGUCCAGCUGCAAUACAACGACAAAACGCCCAUCAUGCACGACGGCACCAGCACCGCCGGAUCCGCCGAGGAGCUCAGCUUCCGCCUGGCCCAGGGCACCAACAGAUUGGCCUCGUACCCGUCGGACUACGGGCUUCCCAUCGCCGGCGACAACGCGUCCUCGGCGGCGUCGCAGGUCAAUCUGCCGGCCAACGCGAAGACGUUGCGGGUGUGGCAGAAGGGCGCCGUGCCGGUCCUGCCGCCGGUCACCGCCUUGAAGCGGGCGCUGACGAACUCGAGGAACUCGCCCGACGAGGGGUACCAAGAGGGAUGCGGUACUGACGUGUAAAACCGUUGUUUAAACCAAAGUUCGUUUGGGGGGGUGGUGUGUAGUGUGGGAUGCUCAAAGAGGGUUUCGGUUUUUUUUAGCGACUGUGCUGUGAACGCGAAAGAGUAUAUUGUUGUACAUAAAAAUAUAAAUAAUGUUUAUUGAAUAAAAUCCCUGUGUGAUAUUUGUGAAUAUUGUGCAUAAUACUUUAGGAAUAUGGAGUAUACAUGGUCAUAAGACUGAUUAUAGGUAGAAUUUUAUAUUAUUAUUAAUUGUGAGUAUUAACUGUUUAUUUUUGAGGUUCGUAUUUCUAUGGCUCAUUAAAAUUAGAAACGGUACUUCAGAAUUGUUUGAUUGUUUGUCGAAUAUAUCAAAGAAAAUGUGAGAAUUAUUUAUAUUAAUUAUAACUAUUAAAAAAAUAUAGGAUUUUGUUGUUAUAUCUGUUAUUUUAUUUUAUCUUAUACAUUCAGAAAUUGAUUAAUUAAACUAUAAUACAAUAACUUAAAUAUCAUUAUCCUUUUAGUACAAUCACGUAAUAACAGCUAUUACAAAACAGUUGGAUAGGAUGUAUUAUCUAAAGCAAUUUCUAGAUAUUUAUUAACAAGAUUCAAAAAUUUAAUGAUAGAAGUGAGUAAGGCUACGUGUAUUUGUAAGAAAGUCAAUAAACCAGACAAAAUCCUACACACAAGCAACAUACGCUCUCCUUUCAGCAUCGAUUCUCUUCAGGAGUGUAUAUUUAAAAUCGCCCACGCGUUUUUUUUUCGAAACGAUUCCAGUUCGACUUUUACACGAAACUAAAUUGUGGGCGAACACUAUAAAUCAGGACCGGUUCUGGAUUUAUAAAGUUUGUUUUUUUGAUAGAACUGCUCGUGAAAUAAUGGUGUAUUUUGAGAAUAUGUAGCUCGUUAUUGCACGAGUAAUUGGGGGUGUAUUAGGCCUGAUGAAUUCAUUAAUUAUGUAUUUUAUUAGAGAUAUGUUUUUUAGGUGAAGAGUAAAGGAUUAGAUUACCUACGUGUAAAAAAAUAGGGAUGGUUUCUCUUCUUUCAGUUAAAAUGAGAUUAAAUUCGGAUAAUCCUAUUACGUGGAAAUUACAUGAAAAUCCUCUAAUCCCAAUUUUUUAUUCUGCAGCAAUUUUCUUUGAAUAACAUUUUUUACUGCGGUUAAUCCAUUUCGUUGAAAAAUAUCCAUUUCAUUAUACGUAUAGCACAAAUUUUGUCACAAACAUUAAUACAAUUAAAAAUCCAUUUCCCAUUAAUCAAUUUCCUUGAGAUUCCAAAUUUAAUAUAAAUGCAACGGUACACGAGUUUUAUUUACACUGUUCGAAUAAAAAUGUUUCAUUUCGUGUUUAAAACAAGGGGAAAAAUUAAUGUUUAACCAAAGGAAAUAAUGAGGGAACUCGUUUGUGAGGGUAAACAAAUUAAAACUAACAAACGGCGAGUACGGUAUUAAUAAAUAUUUGAUAUACUAUUUGGAUGUCACAAAGACUAGUAUAUUUACAUCGGUUUUGAUAAGGAAAUAUUUACCAGAAGGAACGUAAUAAUUCAUAAUAUUUAUUUAAUAAAUGGUCUUUUGUUCAAAUUUUCCUACAUUUAUCAAAGAAAAUUUUUAAUGUUUUUCAUUAUCAAGUUGCAGAAAGUGGUUUUUAUUGCACAUAUAAUAAAACAAAAACAGGGGGACUAAAUGAAUUUUUUAAACGAUCACCCUGUAGAUGCCAGCAACAUUUUAAUCGUAUGCAUUAGAAUUUUUAUUCAUUCAACAAAUUCUCAUUUAUUAAACAGAGUAGAGGUAUAAUUAAUAUUUUGAUUGAAUUUAUUGAUCGUGAACAUUUAUACAUAAAUAAAUGUUUCAUAAAUAAUAUUAGAUUAAAAACAAUUCGAACGUUCCAGUUACGAAUAAAAUUUUCUAUUUAUAUCAAUUUUAAUUAAAAUACCGUUCAAAAGAAUUAAUUACUAAUUUUCAGUAAAAUUAUAUUCGCU